GCUUUUCCCGUGCGCCACCUCUUCCAUUAUAUUAUUAUCAUUACUAUUGUAUUCACGUUAUUUUCUUCCCCUUCUUCUCGCACUACCAUCACAGUCGAACUCGUCGAAGCGCCGUUGUAAAUUUUUUAAAUGAUAACAGUAAAUUCGCCAUGUUUGUAGUUGUUGUGUGUCCGUUUGAUUAGAGUGAUUUUUCUGUUAUUAUUUUUCAUACGGAAAAAUUCUAUGCAUGUAAAAACUAUUAGUGUAAUUGUGCGAUUACUAUUUCAUUUUCCCCUAAGUUUUCGUUCCUCCAGAAUCAGUUGAAUAUUCACGAUUGGCCGUCCCCUUUCGCGGCUGGAUUUCGUUUGCGUAUCCUGAGGAUUUUCACUAUGGUACUAAUUGGUUUCGGCCGACUGAAAGCUCACUGACCAUUCCGACUAAACCCGUUCACCGAAUAGUGAGCUCGACAUGAGCUGGUGUUCAACGACUGUCGAGACGAUCAACGUCCUGGGUAAUGAUUACUAAUGCGUUUUAUUUUUUUUAUUUUUUCUGUUUUUACUGCCGCAUAAUUAAUCCAGGUUAUUUGUCUAACUGGGUCAAAACAUAAUUUACACUUAGGUUUUUGGUCAUUGACGUCACGAUAAUAUUAUGGACGAAAAGAUCAAACAAGAAGAUUGUAAUCUGGAGCUCGAUGCUCCAACAGUGAUCUCUGAAAAGGGUGUGUUGUUAAGGACAAGUGCUAGAGUUUCUAAAAAGUUACGUAUGACACCGGCGUCUACUUCACCUGGACCCAGUUUCCCUAAAAUAGGUUUGUGAAUUGCCUACAUAUCACAGAGUAGGUGUUUAAAUUAUAUUUAUUUAUGUAUUUGUUCAGACUCGAACGAUGCUACUCCGGUUUUCAAGUCUUCGAAAAUUAAACGCGAGUUAUGGUCAGCCGAGGAUACUAAUUCAUUUUUUGACGGUUUAAAUGAAUUUGGGAAAGAUUUUGAAUCCAUCCAAUGGUUUAUGGUUAACAGAGCUAAACGUAAAGGAGGUUCUUGUGAACAAGCUGUUAAGAGUAAAGAACAAUUAAGGUAUUUUUACUAUCGAAUGUGGCACAAAAUUUCCAAAUAUAUAGAAUUUCCCAAAGGUAAAUUACUCUACCUAUUAGAAUAAUGUAUACAAUGUAUUUACUUUGUUGCAUUUUUGUAGAAAUGCAAAAAGUAGUACAAGAACUCUAUGGACUAAUUAAUUAUGGUGAACUUAAACGAAGAAUAGGAUUUUCUAAUGAUAAAAACUGGUCUAAAUUGUAUGAAAUGAUUUAUCAUGGUUCAACUAAAGUUAGAAGCAAAGGCAAACUGUGGAAAGUUAAAACACCACAUUGUCGAGCUCUGAGGAAGCUCAAUUUUCUUGAAGGUAUAAUAGUUGUUUAAAUAUUUUUAAUUAUAGUUUGAUGCAAGUGUUGUAAUACAAUUUGUAUUUUAUAUUUUUUUCAGAUACUAUAGGAGACUUAAAACUACCUGGUAAAGUGAGUGUGGAAUUGAGGCCACGUGAUAUGGAUACAUGGGCUUUAGUGCAGUCACUAGCAAUGAAUCCUCGUAUUAGAGCAACACUUGAGUUACAAAAACCAUUAUCAAUGCUUUUGGGAUAUUUAGAAAAUAGAUGGCAAACAGAAAAUAGAAAACUUGUAUCCUUUUAAUUUGUAACUUAGUUAAAAUGUUCACUCGACUGUUCAUAUAAUAUAAACUAAAAAAAAAUCUUUAUUUUUGUAACAUAAUUUGUAUUUCAAUUAAAUUUCCUGAAACAUUAAAUUUUUAGCGUGAACAGAUACACAGAGUUAAAACACAAACUGAAGUUGAUCAAGAAUCUAAAAGAAUCUUAAGAGUAGCACCAGCUACUGGAGUUAAUAUUACUCCUAUCAGUGUAAAUUUCCACGAUAUUGAAAAUACAAAUGUUAGUUUAUUAGCACAUAGAAAUACUCAUGGAAUUUCCAAAGAAUCUGUUGAGUCUAUCCUUCAAAAGGUAAUAUUACAAAUUUUCUAUAUUGUACAUUUAUUGUAGGUGUAUAAAACAUUGUUUUUUUAGGUUCCUUCUACCAAAGUACAAAAACCAUAUGUCAAACGGGUGCGCACAGAAACUAUUAAUUUAGCAUCUGGUUCAUCAGGAAAUCAAGAUAGUAGUUUAACCACAUGCCUUCCUACAAUGUUCUCAACAGUAAUAGAUGCACCUUAUGAGGGAGAAAAAGGAUUGGAUAUACUCUUGUCAAGUCCUCCGAAAAAUGAUCCAGUUAUUUCAUCACAUGAUCAAGAAAAAGAAAAAAAGGAAGAAUUUAUUGCUAGAGUGAAACAAGGAUGGACAUUAGCUAAUGUUGAAUCUAUUAAAAUUGGAGAACUUUAUCUCAUAGUAAUAUUAUUUUAAUAUAAUUUAUAAUAUCCUUAAUGUAUAAUAUAUUUGUACAUGUAAUUAUAGUUGAUUUUUUUUUUUUUUAGUGUGGUAGUGAGUCCAAAAUACAACUUGAGUAUUGGUUUGAAGAUUGUGUUGAAGCUACCAGUCAAAAUAGAUUAUCCCAAUCACUCAAUAAACUCAUCUCGAUUGCUCAGUUUAAUAGUUUAACUACUUCUAAAGUAACAUUUUUUUAAAUAUAAUUUUUAUUUUCGACAUAAAUUUAGUUAACCUAAUGUUUUAUGGAAUUUCUAGGGUUGUACUUGUGGUUCUGCAAAUAAUAAACCACAUAGUUUGACGAGACAAACGGAGGUUAAAUUAUAUACUCAAUUAUAUUAUUAUUAUCUAAUAAAACCAUAAAUACAUUUGUUUUUAUUGUUAUAAUUAGAGUAAAAUGGAUGUAGAUCAAAAUCAGCAUGGUGCAUAUUCAUUAGUUAGUGGCUGUAAAGUUAUGGUUCAUCCAUCUUCUGUAUUUCGACGACCCAUGCAGCCAAAACCUUUACAUUCAACUGGUUCAUUUAAAGCUCAACUUGAUGUAAGUUUGUUAUUUGUACAGAUUCAUUUUUGAAUUUAAUUAAUAAAUAAACAUUUAAAAUUCAUGUUUUUAGAAACUUCAACCAAGGUAUUGUAAUCGAACAGGUCGACCUGGUAAUAAACAUGUAGGCAUUGUUCAAAAACUUUUACCAUUACAACCAAAGACCAGUUUGACUAUUGUGCAAACAUCUAACUUCAGGCCCAUUGUACCAGCAAUUAAAUCUGAACAAAAUCAAAAUGUUGAGAUUGUUCAAUGUGAUAUUGAUAAAGUAGAUCAAGUCUUACUUUCACCAAAAAGUUUGUACAAUUCUCAUUUAAUUGCGUUUUGUUUAAAUGGAAAAAUGUAAUUUUCUUUAACAAUCAAUCAAUGUUAGUAAAUCAAAAUGUCAAUAUUAGACUUAUGACACCUCAAUUUAGAUGUAGAUUUUUAUUUCAUAAUAGCCCUUACUUUAAUUAGCAUUUUAUAUGUAAUUAUGUUAGAAGCCUGUCAUAUUAUAAUGUACACAGGCGCAAAUUGGCCCGCCGGAUUACCGGGCAUUUCCCUAUGGGCCCUUCUCAUAUAGGUUCUUGAUUUAUAUACAUUUUUCUUCUUCUAUUUCCUUUAAUUACCUAUUAUAACUUUGAUUUCUGAGGUAGGUUGUUAGGUAAGCCACGAUUACACUGAGCGAUUUUACUCACUGCAACUAAAGUCGCUCAAUGUAAUCGUUCUAGUCGCUUACUCGCCACAUGUUGAAUACUUGCUACUCGCCCGCGAUUAAAGUUGAUGGCCGCGCUAUUUUAUUCGCUAGUCGCUGGCGUUUUUACAUUCCAGCGAGUAAAAUCACUCUAUAUGUAAUUGCCCUAGCUGGCAAAAUCGUUAGUGUGUCAGCUAGUAAUGACUGGUCAGGAAACGAAUGAAUUAUCUAUAUCAAUGACAACUUCUUGUCACAUGUAUAUCACAUGAAUGCUUGUGCGUGACUAGUGAGCGAGCAAAUUUAAUUGCUAAAUGUAAUUGGAGAAGUCGCUACUCGCUCAAAAAAUUCCUGAAUAUACAUAAAUUUAUAUGAUGUGCAUAAAAUAUUUAACACAUUGACUGCAGACAUGUUUUUGAAGUUAACACUCCAGUACUUGCGUAUUUUUUUUUUUCAUCAAAUUUAAUUUUGAAACAAAGAAAAUAGUUUUUAUACCUAUUUAAUAACACAUAAAAUAUAUUUCUUUCAAGUUUUAACUUGUAAACUUUCACAGGUUUCAACUAUAUAUUCAACUUUCACUAUUUCUUAUCCCAUUUUUUAAACACAGUGACAUCACAGUGAUAAAAGAAUAAGUUUUAUGUAUAAACAACAAUUGAACAAUAGCGUUAAAAGGAAAAAACCAGUCUUUUAAAAAUAACAAAAAACUGCUCUCUUGUGGUUAUACAUUUAAUACAUUUUUUAAAAUACCCAUUUAAUCGCACUAACUAAUAAUCAAGUAUUCAGCAACGCGGAGGAAAUAAUAAACAAUUUACAUCAAAUGUAUAAUGGACACCAAAAUGGCGUCAAACGCGUUGCUCAUAUUACCAAUUGGUGUUGGUACGCAGUUAAUGUGUUCAACAAUUGAAUAUUUUAUUAAUAAAAAAUUAAAACUUAAUAAUUUAAACAAUUUUUUUUUAGAAGACUGGGAACCCCCAGAUGAAGAUAUUCCUGACGAUGUAAGUAUCACUUCAUCGGCCAUCAAUAGAUUAAUAAUGGACAUACCACUGACGUCCAUGAGUGAACUCUCCACAUCUAAUUUCUCUGGUUUAUUGACAAGCUGUAAUAGUUCAACUUCUGUUAAUCUAACAACACCAUCCACUAGUCCUUCUAGACUUUUGAAGGAUGACGGCAAUCAGUGGAUGAAUCCAGAUGUAUGUCAAAUUAUAAUUGUUCUCGAUAAUUAUUAAUAAAUAUUAAUUAAAUUUAAUAUUAUAAUAAAUUAUUAAGAUCCAGAUUGCUUAUUAUUAUUUUUAAUAAUUAAAUAAUACAAUCUGUUAUUUUAGAUGGACUUUUCAUUGAGUAGUUUCUUGGGUCACCUAGAGCCAACAACUGAAUUAACGAAGAAUGAUGAUCAAAAAGUUAUUUCAAAUGAUGUAAGUUAUUAGGAAAAGUUGAAUAAAUACUUUUUUGAAUUAUAUUUAUUAUAACCAUUUCAAUAUAUUUUUUUGAUUAAAAAAUUUCAUUAAUAAUUUUAAUGUAAUCAAAUAAUUAUAUUGUUGGUUUAAUUAAAAUUGUUAAAAUAGGUAGAAGCUCAAUUUCAAUGUCUUAUGAGUGAAAAUAGUGUGGACUACACUGCUAAGUUUGCAGAUUUAGCAGCACGAAUGGCUGCAAGCAAUAAUAACUGCCAAUAACUUUGGUUAUUGUAAUUAUUUAAACUAUCUAAUACCUAUUAUAUUAUUGAUCUAUUUAUUGAGUUUUAAGUUAACCUUUAACGACUUUAACAAUGUUUUGUUAUUUAUAUUAUUUUUUUUUUUUGACGUUAUUUAUUUAA